AUGGCAAUUCCAGCUAAUGCAUCAUCAACAGCUUGUUGCAUAUCAUUCACUAGCUUCUUUGGUUUUGAAUUCACAACAUUGAUUACUGGGUCAACUGCGAUACCGACCAUGAUUAUGAAGACAGUAGGGAAUAUGAAGGCUAAAAUUGAUAAUGUACAAGGAUGGGAUUUGGAAGAUGGAAAAUAUUGUAAUUGGGAAACUGAAUUGGAAGUUUUCCUCAGAGAUUACAUUCAGAACCAAAAGAUUAACUACGAGAGCAACGUGAAAUUUGGUGAUAUAAGUGAAGCAAUAAAACCAUGAAGCAAAACCCAUGAAAAACGGGAAUUAUUCCACUUUAUCUCAAUAUAUCUGGAAAACUAUCAAUUUUUUGUAAAUGGUAAUCUCGUAUGAAGAGAAAAAGGAUAAAAUUGCCUACGUUUCAUGUGUUCAAGAAUUCUUUCUAGGAUCAAUUGUAUCGUCGUUAGUGUGCAAGAUAUACCUGGAUGUUUCUGUGAAAAUGACUCUGCCUGUGUGUGCCUGUUCAUGUUUCAAUUGAACUCUUCAAUACGUAAAUAAUUUCAACAAAAAUUGGUGUACAUUAUUACCGAGGAGUUACUAUAGGGAAAAGAAUACUGUGGGAGUGAUUUGUACAACAAAAUGAUUAUGUAUCCUGCAAAGCACAUGCAGUGUUUUAAAAUAUAUUUUUAUUGUAAGAGUAAUUUCGUAAAUUACCGAUAGAAAUAUUUCUGCAAAUGAGCUGAUAAACACAAUUUGUCUGGAAAACUUAAGUUAGAUAUUUGGAUCAAAUUAUGUGAAGCUCAAUUGUACUUUCUCACUUCGUUGUCAGGUAUUUAGAAUCAGGUCAUCAAUGUGCAGAAAAUGAAAGUGCUCAUGAUUCUUGUGAUUUGGAUGCUAAUAUGAGAAUAGAGAGUAUAAUGGAUGCUUUUGUGAAAAAAUACAAUUUCGUUUUGAAGAACCUGAUCCACAAUUUGUAAGUAAUUUUUUCACCUCUGAAUGAGACUAGUUGCUGAGACUGAUCAAUUUUAAUGACAUUUACAUUUUGCAAAAAUGUAUCUUUUGGCAAUACUGUAGGCUUUCAGUGUAUGAAACUUGUUUUUGAAUUCUUCCAUGGUUACAUAAAACUGCAUAUGUUUAAAAUUUUUAUAAUAUAAAAUGACUAAAAAUUCAAUAGUUAGAAGAGAACUUCAGAAGUGGAGUAUGGCUUGUGUAAGCUAGCAAAUUAUUUGAAGUAGCAAAAAUGCUGGCCAUGCAGCCAAUGUGCUAAUAAAUUUGGGAAUGUUCAUUGUCCCUUUCAAAGUCUCUUGGAUGGCAUUUUUUUAGGGGUUUAUAUUUACUAUAAUUAUGCUACUAUAAUUACUGUACUAAAAUUAAAAACAGAAACACAAUUGAAUUU